AUGGCAGGGCCAUCGAAGCCAGCAACGGUCUCGCCAGCUGUUUCUUUCGAUAAAACCCAGAUCGCACAUCUUGAGGCCAUAUUAAAGCUCAUCCAGCAGCGUCGAUGGACCCUCGGUUCCUUCCUCCAGGCUGUCUUCACGGAACCCGCAGCCGGCGACAAGAAUAUAUCGCAAGUUCGUUUACAGAUGGUGGCUCAUUUUCUCUCGGAUCGUUCCACCAUUCAAGCUCAAGAUAUUGCCGAGCUGAUGUACUCAAGCAAACACAGCGCUCUAACCGGAUCACGUACGGCAUCAAUGCUUCCUGCAAACAUCGUGGAGGGCUCCAAGCAGGCCAAGAUGGCACGCAGUCGUUUGCAAGAAUGGGCUAUCCAAAAAGUGGAGGAUGUAGUCAAUUUGGAGGCCGAAGAAGUGUCUGGUAAAGGCAAUGGAUUUCACCUGAAAAAUUCGAAUGCGACUUGGGACUUUGUCCUUAACUUUUCCCUGAAAAAUAUAUUACUCCUUGUUGAAAAGAGGGGCCCGACCAUCCUACGCUUACUCGUAGCGUGCGCUAUGCCUCCUGGAAGACGACCCGUACGACAACCACAACCAGUCGCACUGGCUGCACAUGGUGCAAGCACUGCGACUGCUGUCGUUCCCAUGAAUGCUGCCACAGCUGCUUCCACCGAUGGUCGCGCAACUACCACCACCCCCGCAAGCACUACUAGCAGUGCAAGUGCCACGACGAUCAUGAAUACUACUGCCAUUGAGACAAUCCCUCCUGCAACAACGGUGAUACCAACCAGUGCGAGCAUAGCUCAGCCUGCCACGUCCUAUGCUGCGUAUCUCACAAAGGAUGCCCUGCACGGGAUCGGUAAGAAUCGCCGAGACCCUUUCGUGAUUGUCCUGGUCGCUCUCGUCCUCCUGAUGAGUGCCCGAAAUCUUCACUUUUCAGCUUUUCGGAAAGUCGUUGGUGUAUGGCUCUUCGCACACACCUCACAACAUGGAGUAUAUGCUAUUCUCACUCGCUUCGGCUUCACGGUCUCGUACACAUCUGUCCUCAAGCUGUUGCGCAGUCUCUCGCAGUCUGCCAAGAGCCUCAUUCAGCAGAAGGCAAAGUCUCGUGCAUUCUUGCUGAUAUAUGACAACAUCAACCAAAUGUCACGAGCGUGGGAUCCGGACUUAGGCCAGAAGGAUACAAUCCACAAUGGCACGGCGGCGACAUUCGUGGAACUAGAUGACUGUGACGUGACCAAAGCUUUUGACGUCAAUCGCCUUCACCAUGCACAGCAAGCGGAGCGCAGGAAGGAUCUCAACCUCGAGACGCUGUAUAAGCGGGUUGACUGGGAAAGGUUGAAUGCUACCAUCACUACUCACGUACUGAGCUUUCUAGUCGAAGCGGUGCCGGCAUUGGCGGUACAUCACGAGAUGGUCCAGUUGCGGCUGAAAACAACACUGAUGGUUCAUCGUAUGCGCACGGGACGUCAGACAGGAGUCCACCCACUCGCGACAUCCAAUCACAAUGAGGGGAACACUGCUGAGAAUGCAAAGGUAUUGGAGGAUCUUCUGGUGGACCAACUCCAGAUGUCCAAAGAGGAAGUAGAGAAGGGGCUAAUUCUUGUUGGUGGUGAUCAGUCUACUGUCGAGAAGUUGCGCACGUUGAACAGACUUAGAUGUCAGAGAAAUAAAUAA